AUGGCCCCCAACGGUGGAAAACUUGAAGACGUGUCGAGGACAAGCUUCGGAUACAUCUACCACCAUUUGUUCCUGCCUCCAAAACUUCCGGGUGCAGACGACACCUCUCAAAAGAACGACACAACCCUUUUGGAAUUUGUGCAGCAGUCAUUGCGGCGUUUUCUCCCCGAACACCAUGAUCAGGACGCGGUGAAGGCAGUCAUGACCAAAACUCUCACCAAGAUGAGCCAGCAAACUGUAAGAGAGACGAAGCAGGUGACCAAGAAAUACAAGCAAGAGAAAGAGGACAACAACGAGACAUCUGACCCGAUGAUUGUUACCGAACUCCUUGCAAGCAUCCUCCGCGGAUGCGGUAAGGAAGUUGCUGUGGACAAAAUCUGUAAAAACACCCGCGAUGAUGUGAUAUGGAAAGACAGCAAAUUUCCUUGGCGUCGCUCUUCGGCUUGGCUUCUAAUUCGAGUAGCCCUGCAGUUGUCUAUCACACGACUUUCUGCGACUGGAAGAAAUACCUACAAGGAGUUCAAGGCAUUUCUCAUGGCUCAAGCUCUUCACGCUGCCAAUGACCACCAGAAGGUUUCCAGCGACAUCCUUCAAACUAUGUUGAAUAAGCUGGUUAAUAUCCAACAUAUCGUCUCAAAAACUUCAGAGAUUCUGCAUAAGCGAUGGAGGUAUAUCAUGGAACAAGCUGGACCGCCAUUGAGCCUGAAUGAACUAUCCAAGUUCAAGAUUGAGGAUAAUAUCACCUUCUCCCUUAGCGAUACGGAAGCUUUCAUCAAGUCGAUAGCUCAGCGAAAAGCGGCGGUUCUCGAAUCCAGGUUUCGUCCGACUUCAGAACUCAACUCCUUGCCCCAGAACCAGUUGCCAUCCGUUAGAUACUGGAGUGAGGAUUACACGCCUUUCAAGCUCCUCGAGAUUGAGUCGUCGGUGGCAGAGAACCUUCAAACAUGGAUCGAUUACCAUAUAAGCAAAGCAGAUAAUCCGGUGAAGGGUUUGGGAUAUUUGAUCGAGGCAUACCACGCCAAGGCAGCUAGCUACUACUCCGGACGCCCCGAGGGAGCUUCACGAAUGAUUCUCACUAUCUUAGAACUCUGGUAUGCCGCAGACGUAGCCACCAUUCAAGAGCUUCCCCUUUUGGCAGAUUACAAUCCACCGAUUCCAGCCGUCCUGUGGCAAUCGCUCUUACUUGGUUCAAUGCGGGACAUGAGGAGGCUUCAACGUCUUGAAAUCUACAUCCGGGAUCGCGUCCCAUUUGCAGACAAAGCGGAUAAGCCUUAUAUUCUUGGCUCAUUUGGCUCGCCCGGCUCCUUCGCUGUCAAAUUCUUUCGCAACUCGACUCAGCUCCAGCAGCUCAAGUAUGAGAUUGAGGCAGACGCCGCGGCUAAGAGACAGGAGAAACGCGAUGAGUUUCGCAAAGCCAAGACGGAGUAUGUCAAGCUGAUGCAGAAGCACGCAGAGAGCGAAUGCGAUGUAUCUACCAAGCGGGACGCAGGAGGGAUGGUCUACAUUCAUCCGUCUUCAUGCCGAAGGUGCGGCUUCGAAUCAAAGGCCAACUCCCUUGCGGUUUUUGUGAACGAAUGGCCCCUGCCGCAACACGAACUCGCUGCGCAGGCUACCGUUUUUGAGAUGGCUGCUCCUGUGACUUUCUCGCAGUGGAGAGACCUGACAGUCGGAGUUAUGUACCAGUACUACGAGGCAUUGACCGACGACUUAUCUGAGCUGUGUGUCUUUGAACUCCCCAAGAGAGCCCAUGCACUGGAUCAAUUCCUUCGUCGCAACUGGAGAAACCCUGAUGACCAGACACCGAAUGAGGUAAUUGUCAGCCAAUUCGAGUGCCCUGAGUGGAUGCCCUUGAGAGAGUUCAAGGCACUUACUGGUAUGGCACGCGAAACGGCCAUGUUUCUGCUCCAGAUGAGCCUGCAAGCCGGCCCAGAGUCAUCAUUAGUCACCCGAUCCACCUACUCGCGACCAUGCGAUGAGUUAUUUGCGCGGAAGAUUCUGGAGAGCCUAACUGGCUGCGUCUUGCGUGUGCAGGCGAAUUUGGAGUCUUACACUGUCUUGUGGUCCUUCACUUUCCUGACUACGCGACUUUUGUCACUGGUUUCCAGGGACCUGUUACAGCCUUUCCUGAAUCUUCUCGAGCAGUGCCGGGAGACUUCCUACAGGUGGGUAAAGGCACUCCUCGAGCGAGUGGAGGAGAUGAGCGAUGACGUGCAGAGGAGGGAAUUCCUGGAAACGGCUUCGAGCAUUGCAUUGAUCUGCAUUGAUUCAUUCAACUUGACGAUGGCUUUCUGCGUCAGAUCUUGA